UUCAGCAACCUUUCUUUAUGCAGGUGCCAUGAACAACAAGUUCAGCAUCCUGAACUCUACCUCUGAUUCGGAUCUGAUGCGUUACCGCACCAUCAGUAAAAUCCCACAGAUCACGCUCAACUUUGUGGACUUUAAACCGGACCCUCUCAUCUCCCUCCCGGCCGGAGAAAUGGACAUCAUCGCACCCUGCAAACUCAUCGACCGCACGCACAACGUCACCGAGAAAGUCACUCAGGUGCUGUCGCUGGGCGCUGACGUUCUGCCGGAGUACAAGCUCCAGACGCCGCGCAUCCACAAGUGGACAGUGCUGCACUACAGCCCGUUCAAGGCGGUGUGGGACUGGCUGAUCCUGCUGCUGGUGAUCUACACGGCCAUCCUCACGCCGUACUCCGCCGCCUUCCUGCUCGACGGAGACGAGGACAGCUCGGGGCAGAACUGCAGCUACUCCUGCAGCCCGCUCAACGUGGUGGACCUCAUCGUGGACAUCAUGUUCAUCAUCGACAUCAUCAUCAACUUCCGCACCACCUACGUCAACACCAACGACGAGGUGGUCAGCCACCCGCUGCGUAUCGCUGUGCAUUACUUCAAAGGCUGGUUCCUUAUCGACAUGGUGGCCGCCAUUCCCUUCGACCUGCUCAUAGACCGCACCGGGGAGGAGAUGAGUGCAGAGCCAACUCAACAGACCACCCUCAUCGGCCUGCUCAAGACGGCGCGUCUUUUACGUCUCGUCCGCGUGGCGCGUAAACUGGACCGUUACUCUGAGUAUGGCGCGGCCGUCCUCUUCCUGCUGAGAAAUAUAAUAUUUUCAGCGCUCAUGUACGCCAGUAUCUUCGGGAACGUGUCAGCCAUCAUCCAGCGGCUGUACUCCGGAACGGCUCGUUAUCACACUCAGAUGCUGCGGGUGAGAGAGUUCAUCCGCUUCCAUCAGAUUCCCAACCCGCUGCGCCAGAGACUGGAGGAAUAUUUCCAGCACGCCUGGUCCUACACCAACGGCAUCGACAUGAACGCCGUGCUGAAGGGUUUCCCAGAGUGUCUGCAGGCCGAUAUCUGUCUGCAUCUGAACCGGACUCUCCUGCAGAACUGUAAAGCGUUCAAGGGCUCCAGUAAAGGGUGUCUGCGAGCGCUGGCCAUGAAGUUCAAGACCACACACGCCCCGCCGGGAGACACGCUGGUGCACGCCGGAGACGUCCUGACCGCGAUCUACUUCAUCUCCCGCGGCUCCAUCGAGAUCUUACGUGGAGAUGUAGUGGUGGCCAUCUUAGGGAAGAAUGAUAUAUUCGGUGAGCCCAUCAACCUGUACGCACGGCCCGGCAAGUCCAACGCAGACGUGAGGGCGCUGACGUACUGCGACCUGCACAAGAUCCACAGAGACGACGUGCUGGAGGUGCUUGACAUGUACCCGGAGUUCACCGACCACUUCUGGAGCAACCUGGAGAUCACCUUCAACCUCAGAGACACGAACAUGAUUCCCGGAUCCCCCAGCAGCGAGGAUUCAGACUGCGCCGGCUUCAACAAACUGCGGAGGAGAAAGCUUUCAUUCCGACGACGGACAGAAAAAGACGAUGCAGAUGCUGGAGAGAUCAAGAAGAAUCAGAAGCCCAUCCGGAGAGGCAGAAAGCAAGCAGCCAGUAACCAGAACGAGCUCAAACCGGGGUGGGAGGAGCCUCGGAAUUCUAUCUCCUCCCACUCCAGUGGCGAUGAGGGGGAGGAGCCUGUGCACACAUGCCCCACCCCUCCCACCACGCUCAUGGAUGUGACUGAAGGAGAGGGCGAUCCCAAAACAGGAAACACAUGCAACGCCCUAUCAGGUGCAUUCUCAGGUGUGUCUAAUAUCUUCAGUUUUUGGGGUGACAGUCGGGGGAGGCAGUAUCAGGAGGUGCCCCGCUGCAAUCUCCCGUCGCCCUCGCCGCAUCCCAGCAUGCCCCUGCGCAGCAUCAGCCGCCAGCAGCGCAGCCAGAUGGAGAGCAGACUGGAGCUGCUGCAGAAACAGCUCAACAGGUCUCAGAGCCCACUGCAGUCAGACCACCUGUGUACACUAAACAGCUGUCCGAAUGAACCGACUCACUAAACCAGAUUCAGAAACACUUUGAAUGGAGUUGCAUUAACAGCCCGACAACGCCUCCUAUUAUUAUCGAAAUGAAUUGCAUUGCAGAUCUAACAG